AAGGCGGCUGUGAAAUCGUGAUGUCCAUUGUGAUAGGCGGCGGAGAACUCUGCCAUUGAUCCUCACAGAUUGUUGACCCCCCUCCCAUCCCAUCUUCUUUCUCCCGACUCCUCGCCCCUGUCGCCCACUGUCUCUCAUCUUGUAGUCCAGGGUGCACCAGACGCUUCUUCAGGUUUUCGCUGCGUUGGCUGAGAUCAGGACUAGUGAAGGAGAGAACAUAAAGAGUGAAGCCCGAUGGUCAAACGCUGGGUUAUAGUCCCCAUCUCCCCGUCUUUUCCCUGCCUUUUGGAUGAGAGGAGCCCUCAGCCGGGGAUGGAGACAGUUCUAAGUUGAGGGAGGCAUGUGCGACUGAUGGCACAGCGUCUGUUCGGAAGACAAUGUAGAAGUCUACCUCGGCUCUUGGAGGUGGUGUCACUUCCCCAAUUUCGAUGCUGGUAAGUGGAAACCGGAUCUCUCUUUUUUGAGUUAAAGGAGGCGAGGACUAAGCUGUGAGACUUGAAGCUGUCACAUUCUCCCUCGUCCCUACAUCUCUGCACUCGGCAUAGAUAAUGACCAACGAUUCUCACAGAGAGGACACAUCUGUUCCCAGAGUAUUCUUGAGAUGGAAACAUUGUGAAGUAACCAUUGGAGAAAACCAUCACAGUAAACAACUUAUUCAAAUUUUACUGAGAGAACAGUACUGUGUGGUGAAAAACUCUUAAUUAUAAAAAUGAAAAAGUCGAGACGGUGAAGUGGACACUAUUCCUUCCUUCAUCUGUUAUCACCGCCAUCAAUCAACACCGCCAAGACAAGGAGAACACCUCCACCAAGCGAAGAAGAAAAGUCAACAGAAGUAGAUUUUCCUAGGGUGGACGCUAACUGACGGGUGUGUCUCCAGUACACAGACCUUCAUCGCAUUAACCUAUUGUUGGGCAUGUGCGUCUCGAGAUUAAACCGCUAGAGGGCGUCCCUUGAGCAAACUCCGAGUUACAGAGUGCUGCUGACUGCAGUCGGUUUGUUGGAGAGGUUUUCGUUCGUACAAAAGAAAAGAAAUCUCGCUCUGUGUGUAGGAGGCUGGCGGGAGGAUCGAUGGCAAAGCCGCUGAACGUUGAUUGGAAAGAACACCAAUAAAAGUGCAGACUGCGGCGAGCAUUAGCACCGGCAAGGCACAUUCUAAAUAGCGGCGGGCUCUUCAUUCAGAAAUAGAAAGAAAAGGGACAUCCUCAGACUUGGCCAAGUGUUUGUUUUUCACUUACAGACUUGAAGAAUUGAAGAAGGUUCCAGCCAAGGAUAUCCAGUGAAACCGGAACUGAAAGUCAGUUAUGGUUUCCUAGGACCCGGCGUCGGAGGCUGGGAGGAACGUGUAAGCAGUCACUACCUGAUACACCCAACAUCUGCCUGCAGGCAGUGCAAGACAAGCACCUGAGGAACACGCGUCUCGUCCACCAGACACACGUGACUGGGUGAGCGGAUGGUGUGGACGCACGUCUGACGACAAAGUAGAAGGGUCUUUGUUUACACAACUUCAGAGAGUUGCAAGUGCAGACAAUCGCAGUGGUGAAGGUCCAGCGGCCAAAGGAUUUGUACCUGUGUCUGUGUGUGUCUGGACGGCCGUACGCUCAGCAUCUGCACUUUGCUCGGUUUCAUUCUGCGUUCUACAGAGUGUGAGAUAUAAGCUCCAUGCUUCAGGAAAUCCUGAAGAAUGACAGUCGUCUAAUCCCUCUGCAAAAGCAUCCCAUCAUCAAUAUCCCAGUUUUGCUUGUGGCUGCUGCUCAUCAUCUUCAUGUCGACCACGCUCAACGUGCUGCACGUGCUAAUGGGGGGCCACGGGCGAGACGUCAACCUGGGCGAGCGGGAAAUCAUUCUCGGCCAUGAUGGCGACCCGCAGGCAGCGCUCGACCCGGCUUUGGCUGACUUCUGGUCCAGUUUCCCGUGCCCACCGCCCUGGAACCACGGGUUGUUGUUCCGAGUCAACUGGACGGCCUGCGUGGGACAAGCAGUGGGCGAGCGCCUCAAGUGGUUUAUGGCCGACCGCUGCAACAUCCGCUUUGACGGGAGCCAGCUGCUGCCGGACGACGCAAGCGAAGGAGGAGGACAGCAGGAGGAGGAGGAGCUGGAGCCCCCCGAGGCCUGCUCCCUCCCGUGCAUUAUCAUGAUCGCCCUAGCCAGCCUUGUCUUCGUCCUUCUGGUGGCCGGCGUCGUCUUCUGUCUGUGCAGAACGCGACCUAAACACUCCAGUCCAACUCACCAGUCAGCGCUGAACGCCCACCCGGAUCAUGCUAAAUACUACACAAGCUGUCACUAUGCUUCGGCUCCAGUCAUGACAAGACCUUUAGAGACGACGAUGCGCGGCGACAGACCGGAAACCCGGCUCCUGACGAGUGCCUGCAGCCACCCAGCGCCCUACCACGAGCAAUGUCUACAUGUGCAAAGACACGUGCACCCGGCGGGUGGGCGCAGCAGCCACGAAGCCUUGAUCUCUCUGAUGACGGGUGGCGGCCUCUCCGAGCCGCAGUUGCCAAAUGCGGGGCCGGUCCGCCAGGGGGAGCUGCCCAUCCCGCCCAGCCGAAGCGUGUUGAGCUACCGACGCCUGGACGGUGAUUACGUCUCCUCCAGCGCCAGCCAGACCAACAGCGACCGCUCCCACAUCUACGAGUCCAUCGGGGACGGUGUCGAGUCCCCUCGCAGCGCAGCGUAUGGCGGCACGGAAGGGAGCAGCGGCACCUACAUCCAUCACCACGACUUGUCGCUGCUGGGAGGUCAAGAUGACUGCUCGAGGUGCGCGCCCCCAGCAGCAGUUCUCGCAGAUUUCUGUGAGUGCGACUGCGGCGGCGUUGCGCAAGCUCACCACACCGGCAUGUACGACUUUAGCAUGCUGCCGGGACAGCUGGAUGGUUACUAUAGCGACAGGAGCACGCAGACCCUUCCCAUAAGGCCCCUGCGUCACGCGAGGGACCAGGAGUCGCCGGUCGGUGGCCAGCUCGGGUUUGACCUCGAUGAUCCCAGCCGAUCCCAGUCCAGGUUGUCAAAUCGCUCACGCCGGCGCACCUCGUCCAGCAGCCACCACAGCGACAGGAGCGCUGGGUGCCGAGAUUCUGGGCACAGACGGAACAUACCCGCUCUCCACCCAAACUACUUUGACCCACCCGAACCUCCAGAACCGGAUUUCUCCACCUCCUCAUGACCAUACGCAGUAGAAAAUGAGAGGACGUCAGACUGAUCAGCAAAACAGAAUAGUCCCAUCUGACCUUUUAUCUUAGCCAAAAGAUUUAAAUAAAAAAAGACGAGUUGAAGAUUUACAGAAGGUAGAAAGUAUGUUGAGCUUACCAGGCAUGCAAAAAAUUGCUGUGCAUUGGAAAGUAAGAGUACAUAAGCAUGGAGCUCAAAGAGCACACCGAAUUCGUAGUCUGUGGGUGAGUUCCAGCGCUUAACCAAAAUAUGAAGUUGUCGAAGAAAAACAAACUCAAUCAGGACGUGAGGCGAGAUUUCCAAGACAAUGUCAAAUCCUAAUCAUACUUGUUAUGUGAAGUUAUGCAGUACACCAAACUAGAGUUUUGCCUAGAUGUCUAACAAAAAGUAUGAAAACGAGAAACCAACGUUCUUAGGUUUUAAAAAAAUAUCUUGACGAGAAUAUGUAGUUGAAAGUAGUCCCCUUGAAUCAAGAGAUUUUUUAUUGAAAUUAUAUUUUUAAAUUUGAAGGCUCUUCGCGGAAGUUAGUUUUAUCACCGCUGUUUCUUUUAACAAGUUGUUUAUUGAAUAACUUUUACAAAGGAAAACCUUUCCAGCAGAAUGACUUGUGUUGUUGUUCUUUACAUGGAUACAUUACUGUUGUAACAAAUUUUGCGUGUGAAAGAUGAACACUUAAUUUUACUACUUCAAUUUAUUUUACCAAACUCUGACCUGGCAUACAAAAAGUGCUUCCGGACACGUUUACCCGAACCCAUCUCCCUACAUUUAGAGUUCUACAAUCAAGCAAAUAAUGCGUUUGUAGAUGUAAAAGAAAGAGCAAAACAAACUUCUUCACUUGAAUACAAAUUUAGCUAUAAAAUUAAAGUAUGAAAAUAUAGAAUUGUGAUAUAACUGUACUGUUAUUUGUGAUAUAACUGUACUCUUAUUUGUUUAACCUUUAAGAGAAGCGCUUUGCUAACAUGUACCUUCGGGUCAUAAGGUCAAAGAAAUUUUGCACUGCUUUGAGUUUCAGUUUCUCCACAAGGAGAUCGUGAUUCACUUGAAAGUUCUGCUCCUGGAAACGGCAGAGAAUAUGAUACAUCGCACGCGUGUGGGUUAAUCAAAGAGCACAUUUCCUGUACGUGGUGUGUGACUACAACAAAGUUAUGUUCACCUUUAUGUAAGGACUAUUUUGGGGUGACGCUUGCAUGGACGGCUGAAAGACAUUUUGUGGUGGCACUUACUGACGGCUGAAGUGUAGGACGCACGAGCGAGUGACAUUUCUACAAAUAUUCUCACAUGUGAUUUAUGACUCGCUUUAUGGGCGUGACUCCACACGAAAGGCAUUCUGGGUAGUUUACGUUUUGCGACUAAUACAUAUGUCGGGUAUCUAUCUGGCUCAAAGCUUUGCGUGUUACGGCAAGUGUUUCUCUGGUCCUCGUCUCGUUUCUGGUUUCGGUGGUCCAAAUGUUUUCUACUUGUGCUUCUCCAGCCACGCUGCGCAUGGGCAAAGACUAACGAAUCGCUUUGUCACACUUCCAAGUUAGGAUGUACAAAGCUUACACUCAGUCUGGCAAUGCCAGAGGGGCAGCGUACAAUCACUUUUACUGCCAGGCACGGAAUUUGCACCUGAUAUUUUUUUUCUUUUUGUGUAACAGUAUCAGAUAUCUAUAAAAACCCGAAAACUACACUUAUACGAAUUCUUACCUGGCUUAUUUAAGUACCUUUUUAGAUUUCUUUAAGCUGAGCUUGCAACAUCCGGGACAAAGUAUUGACCAAGCAUACAGAGACAUCUAUGACGAAGUGCUAGUAGUGUCCAACACUAUGUGUUAGUCUAACACAUCGGAAGCGCCCUACAGUAGGUGUUGUAGACUGUGUUGAUUAGCCUCGCCACGAGUAGCUUUAGCUCGCCACACUCUCAUAGAGCAAUGACCAGGAGUAGUUUGUUAAACCAGUUGACUCAAAGCUCCUUCUCUCUCGACAAUCACAUCUUUUUAUGCUUAACUGAGCACGGCAUUGUGCAGGUGAUAUGGGUGACCGAUGGUUAAAAGUUGGAAUAAACACAGUUUCUUUA